UUACACUGUAGUAACCGUUGCCUGUUGUAUGUUCCGUGUUGUGUGUGUUUUCAUCACCACAUCCUGUUUUCUCAGCCACCCCCACCUGUCAGCGAGUCGACCCGACCUGGUUGGAACCAGUCUAAUGAUCAUGUGUCAAGUGAAGGUAGAAACCACAGGCUUGUGAUCACCUACUCAGACGUCGUAGAGGGAACUCGACAUUUUCACCAGGACAUGAAGAUCUCUGAGGGCAGCUUCUCUGCUGUCUACAGAGCGGUGAAGGGAAAUGAAACCUUCGCAGUCAAGCUCUUCAAGCAGGUGCAGAAAGCCUCAUGGAGGAAGUUGUGGGAUCUAUUCAGAGAGAGAUGGUUCAUCAUCUGUAUGUCUAACUAUUCCAUUAAUCCUCCAUUUUAG